UCUUGCUUCAGUAUCAAUACUUUCUCGUUUUCUCUCUGUUUCUUGUUCUUGUUCUGUUCUCUGUUUCCGGCAAUGGCUCCUCCCAAGAAACCAAACGAGAAAAAAUCGAAGCGAAACACGGCGGUGAAGAAACUGGAAGAAGCAAACCGCCGCAACGUGACAUUCUCGAAGCGGAAGGCGGGGCUGUUCAACAAGCUGACAGAGCUCUCCAUUCUCUGCCAGGCGGAAACCGCAUUGAUCAUCGCCUCCCCGAACGACAAGCUAUUCGCCUGUGGCUACCCCUCCGCGGACGCCGUCAUACGCCGCUUCCUCACCCGAGGUCCCCCUGCCGCCGCCGCGGGAGAAAACAUGAACGAUGAGGAGAGGUUGGAAACCCUUAGGGCAAGUUAUGACGAAGUUCAGGAGCAUUUGAAGGAGGAGAAGAAGAACCUGCAGGAGAUCAUGGAGGAGCAGAAGAGAAACCUUGGGGUUUUUCCUUCUUGGUGGGAGACUUCUAUUGAUGAGAUGGAUUUGGAUGGGCUUGAAAUGUUCAAGAAAUCUUUGGAGAAUUUCAGGUUGAAUUUGGUUAUGCGGUAUAACACUUACACUGCAACGCAACCGUUGCCUUUGGCGGUUGUUCCUCCGCCACCGCCGCUGGUGACUAACUCUUCCGUCAACUGGCAACAAGUUGUGCAGAAUGGGAAUUAUUACAUUGAAAGUGGGAGUACUAGUACUGAUGAUAGUGCUGGCGGCGGUGUCAGUGUCACUCUUCCUCCGUUUCCGCGGCAAUCGGUGAUUCCUCCUCUGCCGUUAGCGGUGGUUUCAGAUAACUGUCAUGGGUGGCAAGAAGUAGAGAAUGGGAAUUGCAUUGAAUUUGAAAGUGGAAGUACUAGCUCUGAUAAUACUGGUGUCACACUUGCUCCGUUUCCUCCAAGUUUUGAUAGCAGUACCAAUGGCAGUGUCAUGUUCGCUCCUUCUGGUUUUGGCCAAUUUUACUAACAUGUCUGUUUGGUUAGUGUCUUUUUUGAAGGACCUUUAUAGUUUAUAGUUAGUUUAACACCAAUUAACAUGUAGGUGUUUAUUUUGUUCUUGUUUGGAAGUGGACAUAGUUUUGAAAUUUGGGGUUUUGCCA